CUUGCGGUGAAGUUCUUUCACGAUUGAAAAAAAAAUUCCUUUUUUUGUAUAAAAGAAUAAAAAAAUAUGUUACAAAUCGGAAAAUGUUUAUUAAAAUCAACAACUAUUAGUCAGCCACUAAAAGCUGUUUCAAUCCUUUCGAUUCGAUUCUUUGAGAGUGAUCUAUCUUUGACGCAAUUAUAUCCAAAUAGUAAACAACACAUUUUUACUCCUCCAGCGUCUCCAAUAAACAAGGAAAAGUUUAAUGGAUUCAUACCAAUCGAUCAACUCAAAAUAAAAUAUGAUAGAUCAUCGGGACCUGGAGGACAAAAUGUUAACAAAGUUGCGACUAAAGUUGAUUUACGUUUCUCUAUAAAAGAUGCAAAUUGGAUAAGUGAUAAAGUUAAAGAACGGCUUUUUGAACAGCAUAAAACAAGGAUCACUCGUGACGGUUUUUUUGUUAUUAAAAGCGAAGUAACUCGUUAUCAGCAAAUGAAUUUAGCAGAUGCAUUAGAAAAACUUCGAAACAUCAUUCGAGAAGCUGAGAAACCCACAAAAGUUGAACUUUCUCAUGAGAAAAUUAUUCAAAUAAGAGAAAAUCAUGAACGAUUAGCUAGAGAAAGGCUCAGAAUCAAGCGAGAGAGAUCAGAUACAAAAGCGCAACGUCGGGCACCAAUUAAACAUAAUAAGCAAUACAGUGAUGCUGGCGAAGAAAAAAUGCGCUACAAAAUCUAUCUUGAAAACCGUCACAAAAUUGCAAAACAUAACUCUCGCUAUCAUCAAAAAGAUGUGAGUUUUAAACUCGAUCUCAAUAAAUAUGCUGAUAUGUUGCACACUGAGUUCGUUCAAACAUUAAAUGGCUUUAAUCGUACGGGAACAAGAGAGAAUUCUGUUUAUAAGACUUUCUCUAAGAUUGAAGAGCCGAUAACUUUCAUUGGAGCAGCUAAUGUUGAACUUCCAAAAGAAGUUGAUUGGAGAACAAAGGGAGCAGUUACAGCAAUUAAGGAUCAAGGACAUUGCGGCUCAUGUUGGAGUUUCUCAGCAACUGGUGCACUUGAAGGACAACAUUUCAGAAAAUCUGGAAAACUCGUCUCAUUGUCCGAACAGAAUCUUGUUGAUUGUUCAGGAUCUUAUGGCAACAAUGGAUGUAAUGGUGGUCUUAUGGACAAUGCAUUCCAAUAUAUUAAAGAUAAUGGUGGCAUCGACACUGAAUCUGCUUAUCCUUAUGAAGCUAUCGAUGACAGUUGCCGUUUCAGUAAGAAAACUGUUGGAGCUACCGACAAAGGAUUCGUUGACAUUCCAUCAGGCGAUGAAGAUGCUUUGAAGAAAGCUGUUGCCACUAUCGGACCAGUCAGUAUCGCUAUCGAUGCAAGUCAUGAAUCAUUCCAAUUCUACUCAGAAGGAGUUUAUCAAGAACCGCAGUGCAGUAGCCAAGAAUUGGAUCACGGAGUUUUAAUCGUCGGUUAUGGUACUGAUGAGGAAAGUCAACAAGAUUAUUGGAUUGUCAAAAAUUCAUGGGGUACUUCUUGGGGUGAUAAAGGAUUCAUCAAAAUGGCCAGAAACAUGGAAAAUGCAUGUGGAGUAGCCACACAAGCCAGUUAUCCAUUGCUAACCAUGAUUUUUCAUAUUAAGCUCACAACAGGUUUACCACGAACUUUUUGUGACAAGUGUGUGACAAAGAUUAAACUUUUAUCCAGCUUCAAAAAAUCGUCAACAAAUUCAGAAACAUAUUUGAAAUCAUUUGUUGUGAAAAUCAGUCAGGAAUUUGCCAAAUCUCUUCCAUCAAAUAGCUUAUUGAAUAAAAAUGAGUCUGAUAAAGAAGAUCCUGAUAUCGAGCAAUUACUUCAAGAAGCUGUUGAUGAGAACAAAGAUGCAUCAAUUGAGUCAACGGCUACAAAAGAAAAAACUAUCUCAAAGAGUUCAUCAUUGUUAAAGCCGAAAAUUGAAAAAUUUCAAGAAAACAAAACUCAACCUUCUGUGGCUAAGAGAAAUGAAAAGCCACGAUCUCAACAAGUGAAGAUUGAAGCAGUUGAUUGGAAUGACAAAGACUCUAAUACGAAGGAAUAUAUUGAAAUGGAAUCAUCAGCUAUGUAUAGCGAAGAUGAAGACGAUCAACUUGAUAAUGAUGAAAAUCUUUUUGGAGAGGAGACUUAUGAUAUCAUGGAAAUAGAAAAUGAAAGUACUGAUAAUAUCUACGCUGAUGAAUCAGGAGGAAAACAAGCGAUGACUGAUGGUGAUGAAGAAUUCAUUCUUGUGAAUUUUAAAUCAUCUAAUGACGACCUAAGUGAGAAAGAUCAACAAUUUGUUGUUGAAGAAUUAAUUGAUGAAGAGUUCCAAGUUGGAAGAACAGGUUCACCUCGAUUCACACAAUCAGGAAGUUUAAAACAACACAUGUAUAUUCAUAGUGGGGAACGACCAUAUAAAUGUCAGUAUUGCGAUCGUGCAUUUACUCAAGGAAAAACGCUUAAAUUUCAUCUAAGGAGACAUACAGAGGAGAAACCAUUCCUUUGUUCUGAAUGCACUGCAUCAUUUCGCCAAAGAGAUGGCUUAAAACGUCACUUGAAGUCACAUCAUGGUAUUGAAUUAAAAUAUGAAAGAACUAAUCAAAUUAAUGACAGAAAUAUUGGAUUUGUUGACACUGCUGGUGAAAACCUAAAAUCAACUGAACAAAUUGAAACGUUUAGUGACGAGAAAAAGGAAAAUUUGUAAAAGUUCUAUAUUUUAUUUUAAAUUAAUAACUAUUUGAUAACAUUCUUCUUAAUUCGAAUAAAAUAAUUGCUAAAGCAUUUGAUGUAUUAAGACUAUCAACUAUUGAAUCAAUCGGAAUAUGAAUAACUUUCCAAUUUCGUUUGAAAGCGAAAUCUUUCGCUUCUUCACUAAUGCCAUGAGUUUCACCACCAAGCAAAACAUAAAUUUGCUUGUUCUCAAUUAAUUCUUUUGGAAUCUUGUCAUAACAUAGAAUUGAAUUUGAAGGAUAUUUGGAAGCAUUAUUGUCAGCUAUCAAAAUAAUUGAAUCGUCGAUUGUCUGGUCCUCUUCAAUUUGCUUCCAUUCGAGUGAAUGUUCUGUUGGUAUAUAGAAAAUUGAUCCACUACUUCCUCUAAUAGCUUUAACAUCCCAAGGAUCAGCGUUUCCUUUAGGGAGAAGAACUUUAGUUACAGGCAAUGCAUUUGCUAAUCUUAUGACAGAUCCAAGAUUAUUUGGUUCUCUCAAGUUAUCACAAAUGAUUGUAAUUGGUAAAGGAUUUGUCUUCGGUUGUA